AUGGCAGUCAAGACUUUUGCUCUCCUAUGUCUGCAAGUCCUCCUCAUCAAGGUAAUUGCUGCUUAUCCGUGCAGUCCGUGUGCUGGUCUUCAAUCUACCGGACUAUACACACCCAAUGAUCUCGCUGCCACUUCUGGUGGUUUACUUAUCGUAACUUCCGGCUCCCCCAUCGCUCCAACUGGAAUCUCAGUAUUAUCUGAGAAUAUUAUUGAAGGCGUUCUGUCCGUAGAAGGUAUCCUACCAUUCUUGGGCACCGUAAGCUUAGAGGGCGAAGUACCAACCGUCGGAACUGGAACUGUAGCAUACGGCUGUGGUAACGGAAAUAAAUUCCUUUGCCAAGUUAUAACAAACGCACCAUAUUAUACAAAUGCUAUUUCAACAAAUGGUGUUAAUGGUGUCAUAGGAAAUGGAAUGGUACCAAAUAAUCUGGCAAUGACAAGCGGUUUGUCAACAGGACCAAUUUAUUCCGGGAUACCAGGUGAAGCAGCUAUAAGCGCUGCAGAAGCAACAACUAUAGCCACAAAUGCCGCAAAUACUGCGGCAUUUUUGUCAAAUAUAAAUGGAGGAUGUACUGGCUUUGAAGGAUUCUCUCUCGGAGGUUUGCCUAUCUCUGGUGUAUCUCCGUAUGGAGACGUGACCUUAGCUGGAGAAUUACCGGUUGGUGGAUCUACAGCUGUAGUUGGCAACGUACCAGUGAUUGGAUAUGUUACCUUUGAGGGAACAAUACCAGCUGGGGGAACCGUCACCCUAGCUAGUAAUUGCGGCUGCUCUAAUCCAACAAUUUAA